AUGGUCUACUAUGGGUUUGCAUUUCUCUGUUUGGCAAUCACUGCGAAUGCAGCAGUAAGCCCCAAGUCUUUACAUUCUGAUAUUUCCAUUCUCAUUCACAAUGACCUGCUAGAAACCGAAAGUCCUUUGUCAAGUUCAGGAAUUGUGGUGCUCGAUGCGAGACCAUGGCAAGAAGCCGCUGAAAGUUGUCAAAAGAUUGGAGAGACUCUCUGGGGGACUGAUUCCAGUUACAAAAAGAUUCAAAGCGACUUGGACUACCUUGUAUUUCAAGGCAAAUACACUCGCAGCCAACGUUUUUGGACGGCCUCGGACCACCACAAACUCUCCACCAUCGACACAAAUGGUCGGGUUAAUAAAGCCUCUGCAAACGAAAAACUGCCCGUUCUUUGUACACAAAGUGCUCCAUUCUCCAACAGUACAUUCCAGGAUACAAGUGCUCAGUGGCAGGUGACUGUCCACUCUAACGAUGAAUACCUCACUGGAUUCCGGGAUCGAUUCAGUUUCCGCUUUCUAGGAAUUCGCUACGCUAAACAGCCCCAACGAUGGGACUAUUCCCAAUUGUAUAAAGGGUCUGGCAAAAAGGCUUCGGCUCUCGACUAUGGCUCUGACUGUACACAAGGCACAACUGGUUCGGAAGACUGCUUGUUCCUCAAUGUUUGGACUCCCUAUCUUCCCCAAAGCAACAAAGUCAGAAAGAGACAUCUCAAACCUGUGAUGCUUUGGAUUCACGGCGGGGCUUUCACCGGUGGCACUGGCAGUGACCCGACAUCCGACGGCGGCAAUCUAGCCUCGAGAGGUGAUGUUGUGGUCGUCGGCAUAAACUACCGUGUGGGAACAUUGGGCUUCCUUGCACUAGAUGAUGGCGAAACCAACGGGAACUACGGAUUGGCAGACCAGACCACGGCGCUGGAGUGGGUUCGUCGAAACAUCCGGGACUUCGGCGGCGAUCCGGAUAGAAUAACCAUCUUCGGCCAAUCGGCCGGUGCAGGUUCAGUACGGGCACUGCUUGCUUCUCCUGUAUCACGAGGUAAGUUCGCUGGUGCAAUUAUGCAGAGCAAUCUUGGUGGUUUGGCCUAUGGCACAACCUACUCGAAGUACUAUACCAUCGCGCAGGAGAUGGAAGUUGUGGGGAAUGCCAUUCUCAACGAGACAAACUGCACAGAUGCUGUUUCAGCAGUGGAAUGUUUGAGACAACUCCCCGCGUCAACGAUUGCAAAUCUCGCUGACUCGGCGCGGUAUCUGGUUGUUGAUGGAGUCUACCUCCGAAACUCGGAGCUGGAUUUAAUAAACCCAUCAUCAACUGCCAAUGUGCCUUUGAUGAUCGGUACGAUGAGAGACGAUGGCGCUGCCAUGAUUGGUUAUCCUGCAGUGGGACAAACUCUGAAAUCCUUCCUCAAUGAAACUGGUCUGCCUGACUCAGUUGCACCGAGCCAACUAUUCCCCGUACCAUCAACUACCAAUGCUACACUCGAUAUCUUCAACACCUCCUCUCGAAUAGCCACAGAUGGAAUGUUCCGAUGCAUCGACGAAGCAACUGCACAUACAGCCUCAAAGACUCAUAUCUUCCCCGAUAUCUUCUACUACGAGUUCAACCGUUCAUACCAAAUGCCCGGCUGGUCACCCAAUGCCCCGGUGUGCAACGCUCCGAUCACAGAUGAGUUCCCAAAUGGUGAUCCCAGCCAGGAGUACUUUAAAUGCCAUUCUGGCGAGCUGUUCUACGUGUUUGGCAGUUUCCGUCGUCAGGGUUUGCCGUUCCGGGAUGAGUUCGAUCUACCCUUUGGACAGUAUGUACUAGAUUCUUGGGCGAGUUUUGCGAGGGAGGCUAGACCUACUCCUGACUUGGCCUUUUUGAAGGUAAGGGGAUACAUUAAUACGACUCGGGAGAUUGAGGCGACUGGGUUGUGGGAGCCGUUUGGUAAAGCAAGUCAGCUUCGGUUGUUUCAGUGGCCUUCCAUGAUGAGGGAUUUGGAUGGGCUGGAACAAUGCCGCGCGUUGGAAUUGUCUUUGGAUUACUUCGACUCUUAG